ACCCAAUACACACACCAGAACUUGGCAACACAAGAAAUUUCCAAACAAGAACCAAUAUCAUAUUUCUCUUUUCUAAACACAAUGAUUAAAUCAUCAAGCUUAGUUUUUUUGCUCUCUCAAAUCUUUGUGUUCCAACAGUUAGCGGUUCUAUGUGUUUCACAGGAUUUUGAUUUCUUCUACUUCGUUCAACAGUGGCCAGGGUCUUACUGUGAUACAAAACAAAGCUGUUGUUACCCAACCACAGGAAAACCAGUAGCAGAUUUUGGAAUUCAUGGUUUAUGGCCAAACUAUAACGAUGGAUCAUACCCAUCUAACUGCGAUAACAGUAAUCAGUUCGAUCCAUCAUCUAUAUCAAGUAUUAAGCGCCAAAUGCAAUCUGAAUGGCCAACUUUAGCUUGUCCAAGUGGAGACGGUAACAAAUUUUGGGGACACGAGUGGAAUAAACAUGGGACCUGUUCUGAAGACGUUCUUGAUCAACCUGGAUACUUUCAGGCAGCUCUAAAAUUGAAACAACAAACAAACCUCCUCAAUGUCCUUCAAAAUGCAGGAAUCAAUCCAGAUGGGAAAUUUUACAGCUUGACCAGUAUAACAAAAGCCAUUAGAGAUUCAACAGGAUUUACCCCGGGACUAGAAUGCAAUGUGGAUGAAUCAGGUAACACUCAGCUCUACCAGAUCUACAUUUGCGUCGAUACAUCUGGAACUAAUUUGAUUGAAUGCCCUUUGCUUCCAAGAGGAAAGUGCUCGUCAAGAAUUGAGUUCCCUAUUUUCUAGGUAGUUUUGUACAUGGAAGAGAUGUUUGUCUGAGAUUAUCUCUCUUAAUUUCCAUGUUUUAAUAAUGACUACUGCCUUGCAGUAUACUUGUAAUUUGAAUUUUUCUAAUACAAUUUCCUUAAUUGAA